AUGAGCCAGCACACGCAAGACCGCACCGCCAAGCUCCAGUCGCUCCUCCAGAAGACGCUCGGGCCCGACCAGGUCGCCAACCGUCCAGGCGGCGGCGGCACAAAGCUGAGCUACCUCGAGGGCUGGAGGGCCAUCAACCUCGCCAACGAGAUCUUUGGCUACAACGGCUGGUACACCGACAUCAAGUACCUCGAGGCCGACUUUAUCGACUGGAGCCCCGAGUCGCAGCGGUGGAGCAUCGGCGUCACGGCCAUCGUCCGCGUUCGCCUUCAAGACGGCGCCAGCCACGAGGACGUCGGGUACGGCAAGCUCGAGAACAGCAAGUCCAAGGCCGACGCCCUCGACAAGUGCAAGAAGGAGGCGGUCACGGACGCCCUCAAGCGCGCGCUGCGCCACUUUGGCAAGCUCCUCGGCAACUGCCUGUACGACAAGAACUACCUCGAGGGCCUGUCCAAGAUGAAGGCGUCCAAGGUGCGUCGCGGUGCCUGCUGCCUGUCGGCGAGAGCGCCGUCGGCGUGA